CCAUGAUGGGACCAUUUAAACAAGUCGGUCGUAGAUCUUAGUCAAUAAGUUUGUUGUAGAUUCCCAUUAGGCUACCACUUCUGCCAAUUGAUCAUGAGGCAGUUUAAUAGUAAAAAAAUAAGUGAAUUGCAAAACAAUCCAUCACGUAUAAGGAAUAUCUGUAUUGUGGCACAUGUUGAUCAUGGAAAAACAACGCUAGCAGACUCUCUUGUUGCAAGCAAUGGCAUCAUUUCACAGAAAUUAGUAGGCAAAUUGAGGUAUAUGGAUAGUAGAAAAGAUGAACAGGAAAGAGGAAUAACCAUGAAAAGCAGUAGUAUUUCAUUAUCACAUACAUACAACAACGAAGAAUUCCUGGUCAACCUAAUUGAUUCACCUGGACAUGUGGAUUUCUCUUCAGAGGUUUCCACUGCAGUGAGGUUAUGUGAUGGUGCAAUAGUUGUUGUCGACGUAGUAGAAGGUGUCUGCGCCCAAACCAAAGUUGUGCUUAAGCAAGUAUGGCUUGAACACAUACAACCAGUCCUUGUAUUAAACAAGAUUGAUCGUUUAGUAAUUGAAAUGAAAAUGCAACCAUUAGAUGCCUACAUCCGAAUGGUGCAACUGCUCGAACAAGUAAAUGCUCAAGUUGCUGAACUUUUUACUAUUGAUGUGAUGAGCAAGAAAGAAAAAAACACCGAUAGCAGUUCAGGCUUGGAUGAAGCAGAUGAUUCUAACAUUUAUUUUACUCCAGAGCAAGGCAAUGUUGUCUUUGCCAGCGCUGCAGAUGGUUGGGGAUUCUCAUUACAAGAUUUUGCGCGCAUGUUUUCUUCGAAGCUAGGACUUCGUGAAGAAGAACUCCAGCGUUCGCUGUGGGGUGAUUAUUAUUUCAACACAAAAACAAAAGCCGUUACGGCUGGGGCACAAGAGAAAGCCAAGAAGCCGCUGUUUGUUCAAGUUGUGUUAGAAAACCUAUGGUCUGUAUACGACUCGGUUGUCAUCCGUAAAGACAAACUUAUGACGGAAAAGAUUGUUCAAAAUCUGCAGCUGCAAAUAAACCCUCGAGAUCUCAAGCAUUCUGAUCCCAAAGUCCAAAUUCACGCUAUACUUAACAAGUGGCUUCCACUGUCGGACACGGUGCUUCGUAUGGUUUGCGAAAAAUUACCGUGCCCAUCUCAGAUGAGUGAAGCAAGGGCUGAAAAAUUGAUGUCUUCCCUGUCGAAACCAUUUGAAUUACUUCCAGAAGCUACACAACAGUUGAAAACAGCCUUCGUUGCAUGCUCUCCUUCCGAUGAUGCACCAACCAUUGCUUUUGUUUCCAAAAUGAUGGUGGUGGAUCGUCAUUGCUUGCCGAAAAAUAAAGUUCGAAUGUUGAGCAGCGAGGAUAUUGCCCUUCGUCGCCAACAAGUAAGGGAAAAACUCGCUCAGUUUACUCUGAAACGAGAGCAAGGAGACAACGUUGUAGUUCAAGAACAACAAGUGAAAUCGGGAGAUGUCUACGAAGAUGGUCCGAUAUUUUUGGCAUUCGCCCGUGUUUUUAGUGGGACAUUGAAACGGGGACAGGAGUUGUACGUGUUGGGACCGAAAUAUGAUCCCGGUGAUAUAAAAAAUAAUUCUAUUGAACCGAACGUUACUUUAAAAGAUUUGAAAGCGGGCCAACAUGUUACACGUGCGAAAAUGGGUGACUUGUACGUGCUAAUGGGCCGAGAAUUGGAAUGUUUAGAGAGCGUUCCCGCUGGAAAUGUAGUAGGAAUUGGUGGUUUAGAAGAGCAUAUCCUUAAAUCGGGAACGCUUAGCUCCUCCCUGGCAUGCCCAUCAUUUACAGAAUUUUCUCAGAUGGUUAUGCCUAUUGUACGUGUCGCAGUAGAACCUGCCCGCCCCUGUGAAAUGCCGGAACUUAUUAAGGGUCUUAAACUAUUGAACCAAGCUGACCCCUGCGUUCAGGUGGUUCUCCAAGAAAGCGGGGAGCACGUCCUCGUAACAGCUGGUGAGGUACAUUUGCAGCGAUGCCUUCAAGAUCUAGAGGAAUGCUACGCGAAAAUCCAAAUUAAUGCAUCACAGCCCAUAGUUCCCUUUCGUGAGACUAUUAUGGCACCAUUGGAACCCAUUUCAACCGAUAACGCUGGGCGCGUCCAGAUAGAAACUCCAGGCAAACGGUUGUCAAUGCGUCUUCGAGCUGUUUCUCUUCCCGAGGAAAUCACUAACGUUUUGGAGAAAAAUGUGGACGUAAUCAAAACUAUGCUUCAAAGUCAAUGCCCCGGUCAUCUAGAACCAACAGAAGAAAUUAAAACAAGCCAAAAAAUCAGUUUACAGUGGCAAAGUAAAGUUUUCAAAUUACAUCAUCAAUUGAAUCAUGCUUUCGGAGUGAAUGGUUGGGGAGAUAAUGCAGCGGAUAGGAUUCUGAGUUUUGGUCCUCGUCGAUGUGGACCCAACGUUCUACUGAAUUACACACCACUAACCCUCCCCUCCCCAUGGAAUAAAAACCCAACUCACGCUGUGUUCGAACGGACUACUUUGGAGUGUCUCAAUAGCAUUAUCAACGGGUUUCAGUUAGCCACCUUAGCUGGUCCAAUCUGUGAGGAACCUUUACAUGGAGUGGCGUUCAUCAUAGAAGAUAUAGCUAUUGCGGUCGAUCAGCUAGCUCCGUUAUCCCAUGGAGAAGAUGGAGAUAACAAUAAUAGCGGACAGCAUCAACAACAGUGCCGUUCGUUUAGCGGCCAGAUUAUGUCUGCUGUCAAAGAUGGUUGUCGGCGAUCAUUUACGAAUCAGCCUCAACGGCUCAUGGCUGCCAUGUACAACUGCUCGAUACAAGUGAGCGGCGAAGUUGUUGGUAAAAUCUAUGCAAUCCUCAGUAGACGUCACGGCAAAAUUUUGGAAGGAGACUUGGAGGAAGGAUCAGCCUCUUUUAGUAUUGCCGCUGUUUUACCAGUUGUCGAGUCCUUUGAUCUAGCCAACGAGAUACGAAAGCAAACAUCCGGUCUAGCCAGUCACCAGCUAACUUUCAGCCAUUGGGAGAUAAUCGAUAUUGAUCCAUUUUGGGUUCCAACGACCGAGGAAGAACUCGAACUUUAUGGUGAUAAAGGUGAUUCCAUCAAUCGUGCACAUGUUUAUAUGAACUCAGUCCGGCGCCGGAAAGGUCUGGCGGUGUCUGAAAAGGUUGUCGAAUUUGCUGAAAAACAACGCACCCUUUCACGAAAAGUUUGAUUCUGAACUGUAUAUUGUCUUCUUUCGUUUGAUCUUUUGAUAUUUGCUUAUUGUUACAUACGGAUAAUACAUUUUUGGGGAAAUUUU